UCCACGUAAACCGUGAUGGCUUCUUUAACGUCUGCAUGCAUUUCCACCGCCCCAAAAACCGCCGCGUCCUUUUCCUCCGCCGCCGCCUCGAAACGUAACCGCCGUUUCAAGGUUUCAUGCAACGCCGCCGAAGGCGGCGGCGGUGACGGCGGCGAGUCCCAACAAAAGUUCGACAGAAGAGACGUCCUUCUCGGCUUGGGCGGCCUCUACGGCGCCGCAAGCCUCGGUGCCAACCCGCUGGCCUCCGCCGCGCCCAUUCAAGCCCCCGUGCUCUCCAACUGCGUCGUCCCCGCCGCCGGUUUGCCCGCCGGCGCGUAUUUCCAAGACUGCUGCCCUCCCGUGCCGGCCUUCGUCCUCCCCUACCAGCUCCCGCCGGUGGAUCCGUUUGCCUUAAAGAUCCGCCCGGCAGCUCACAAAUUGGACGCGGCGUACAUUGCGAAGUUUGAAAGAGCGAUCCAGCUUAUGAAGGAGCUGCCGGAGAGCGAUCCCCGCAACUUCUACCAACAAGCCAAAGUCCACUGCGCUUAUUGUAACGGCGGCUAUGUCCAACCAGACUCCCCCAAUAAGGAGAUCCAAGUUCACAAUUCAUGGCUGUUCUUCCCUUUCCACAGAUGGUACAUGUACUUCUUCGAGAGAAUCAUGGGAAAAUUGCUGGGAGAUCCCACCUUCGCCUUGCCGUUCUGGAACUGGGAUUCGCCGGCCGGAAUGUACAUGCCCUCGUAUGUAAACAACAUAUUCUCGCCGCUCUACGAUCAGAACCGCAACCAGUCUUUUCUCACUCGCCUCAUGGACCUUGCUUUCUUCGGCCUGGACAUUCCUUUACCUGACGCACUCAGGAUUGAAAUCAACCUUUUCUUGAUGUACAAAACCAUGGUCAGUAACGGCGGAGCCGCCAUACUCUUCCAUGGACAACCUUAUCGCGCCGGCGACGACCCGGGGCUCUUCCUACUCGGGGCUGGUUCUGUUGAGAAUAUUCCACACGGAACAGUUCACAGGUGGACGGGUGACUUAGCUAGAACGCCGAACGGAGAGGACAUGGGAAACUUCUACUCCGCCGCUCGCGACCCCUUAUUCUACUGCCACCACUCCAACGUCGACCGCAUGUGGACCAUAUGGCAACAGCUCGGCGGCGCCGGCCGGAGAUGCGACUUUACCGACCCGGACUGGCUGGACGCCUCCUUCAUCUUCUACGACGAGAACGCCACGGCCGUGCGGGUCCGGGUCGGCGACUGUUUAGACAAUCAAAAAAUGGGCUACAAGUACGCCUUCGAAAAUCUCCCCUGGCUGGACUCCAAGCCCGUCCCGGCCAAGACGAAGCGCGGAUUCGCCGACGCGUCCGACGCGCCGUCCGUGGAGAGCGUGUUCCCGCUGAAACUGGACAAGGUGGUGAGAGUGAAGGUCCCCCGGCCGAGGAAGUCGCGGACCAAGGAGGAGAAAGCCGCGGAAGAAGAAAUCCUGCGGAUCGAAGGGAUUGAGGUUUCCGCCGACCAGUUCGCCAAGUUUGACGUGUACCUGAACGACGAGGACGAGGAGCCGACGCUGGAGAAAUUGGCGGCGGAGUACGCCGGGAGUUUUGUGAAUUUGCCGCAGAAUCACCACGGGUCCGGGAAGAUCAGGACCAGCCUGUGUAUGGGACUUAAUGAGGUCUUGGAAGACUUUGAUUGUGAGGAUGAUGACGCCGUCGUUGUGACUUUGGUACCAAUGCUCUUCAGCGGCACCACCACCAUCCAGAACAUUCGGAUCAUCUAUCAUUCUUAGAUCUAUUUGCAUAAAAUCUGUCCAAACUACCAUUGCUUUCUGGGUGUGCUUGUUUCAUUUUCAAGCUUGCAUGUUGUACUUAAAAUGUGGAACUAAUCUAUCUAUCUAUCUAAAUAAAUAAAUAAAGGGUUUUCAAAAAAAAAAUAAUAAUAAAUAAAAGAAGAUAGCUAUUUACUCA